AUGGCUGAAGCCAUAAUUUCUGAAGUUGUUUCAACUAUUAUAGAGAAACUGGGUUCUGGAGCAUACAAAAAACUCGUGUAUGCGAAAGAUCUGGAUUCCCACAUUACAACCCUGCAAGAGCUUAAGACCACCAUUGAAGCUACACUUGUUGAUGCAGAAACUUUGGAGACUUGCAGCAAUUCUCAACAAGACGUGCUCAACAAGCUCAGGACUACACUAUCUGAGUUGGAUGAUUUCUUGGAAGAACGGGCAGAUAAAACCGAACUGAAACAAGUAAUGCGAGGAAACAAGUUAAUCAAACCGGUGCGCGUGUUUUUUUCUGAAUCCAACCAGCUUUUUUCCCCCUUGCGAGAUGCUACAAAACUCAAGACUAUCUUGAAGAAGUUUGACCGCAUAGCAAGCUACCAUGCCAAGUAUGGUAGCAUAGUUAUUAGCAGUCCAACUGUGAACCAGAAUCGAGGAAGGAACUUUCAAAUGGCUAGCUCUUCAAUUCUCAACAAUCUGUUCGUCGGGAGGGACAGAGAAAGGGACAACAUUGUAAGCAUGUUGUCUGAGGACUCCAUGAUGACUACAGAUACCCUAACUGUUGAGUCCAUUUAUGGGAUGGAUGGAAUGGGAAAAACAGCAUUGGCUCAGCAUGUGUAUGAUGAUUACAGGGUGAAGCGUUGUUUUGAUGCUUGGUUCUGGGUUUCUGUACCUCGAAAUUUUGAUGUUGUAGAGAUGUUAAUGGAGAUGAUAACAUGCAGAAUGGAAAAAACAACAUUGCCUCACAAUUGCAACGCGGUUCUGCUGCGUGACCAUGUCAUUCAAGCAAUUAGUGGGAAGAAGUUUCUGCUUGUUUUGGAUAACAUCGGCUUUUUAGAUCAUGCCACUCUGAGACUGAAGUGGGCUGAUCUAAAAAGCCUGCUACAAUAUGGGGCUAAAGGGAGUAAGGUUCUCAUUACUACACCUGAUAAAAAAGUUGCUGAAAUUAUGGAUUCUGUUAACUCUUACAAGCUUGAGGGUUUAACAGAAGAAGACUCUUGGCUUCUCUUUCAAAAGAUUGCUUUUACGCAGUACCAGGAACCAGGUGUGGAGGUGAUUGGGAUGGAGAUUUCAAAAAUGUGUCCGAAUAUGCCCCUCGUUAUACAGAAUGUAGCCGGCAUCUUAGCAAGGAAACGUACAGUUCGGGAAUGGCAGGCCUUCAGAGAUGAACAAUUUGCAGAUUUUGCUUCUUAUGGGAGUGACGUUGAGCGUACACUUAAACUUAGCUACGACCAGUUGGAUGAAAGUUUGAAGCGUUGUGUUAAGUUUUGCACCUUAUUUGAAAAGGGAGGAUUUUUUCAUUUAGAACAAAUGAUCCAUCGUUGGAUUGCCUUGGGAUAUGUAAAGCCACAGUAUAAGAGCCAAAGGUUGGAGGAAGCAGGGGAAGAAUACAUGUUAAGUUUGCAAGAUUUUGGGUUUCUCGAAAUAGAUUCGUUUGAUCAAUUUGGUUUCAUACGAGAUUUUAAAAUGCAUGACGUGAUGUAUGAGCUUGUUCUCUCGCUGGCUGGGGUCAAAUACAAGGCUGCUGAUUCAAACACUGAUAAAAUUUUAUUGGGACGUGCCUUCCUUAUAUCAGUGUUUGAAUCAGCAGCCUUGUAUUUCUACCGCAUGAAAAGUUGUAUAUAG